GGGGAGGAUGUGUGGCUGACAAUAUGAGGAGGCUCACGUGACGAUCUUUUAAAUUCCUGUUCCCCUGCAACGCAAUUUGUCAGAGUACGAAUGCCGUGUGCCUGGCUCGCUGCUCUUACGCAUGUCUGUUCAUUUUUUGGGCACAGAAGCCACAAACCAGGACUUGACCGCUUGAAAACCUUCAAGCGACGCUCCGCUCUCUUCAUCAUGUUGUUCUUACAGUUUUGAGCUCGCUUGUGUAUUUUGGUUUUCCUGCUGAAGCGUCUGAGUUGCCUGGUACCAGCGACAGGAGGAGGAGGAGGAGGAAGAGGAGAAAGAGGAGAGGAAAUCCGAGCAGAAAAGGAGAAGAAUGCAACGUUUGACUGCUGCUCGUGCGUUAUUUCUGCACCGAUAAGGUGAUUCAAACUGCGCGGACAGCGGGAAUACAACACAUUUUAAGAUUUUGUUCUGUUCAAUGCGCGGCCACUAGAAAGGAAAGGGAGGAAGGCGCUGCUACGUUGCAAGUCCGGGAUCAUCACCUAUAAAGACCCAAGACAGUCCACGACCUGCAGGGUAUCACCCUAAAAGCCCGAGGAACGAUGUCAUCUACGAAAGUCAAGAAGGAUAAGGAGAUCAUAGCGGACUAUGAGACCCAAGUGAAAGAGAUCCGUAACCAGCUGGUGGAGCAGUUCAAAUGCUUGGAGCAACAGUCUGAGUCUCGUAUCCAGGUGCUGCAGGACCUGCAGGAGUUCUUCCGCCGCAAAGCAGAGAUUGAACUGGAAUAUUCACGCAGCUUAGAGAAAUUGGCCGAGAGGUUCUCCUCUAAGAUCCGCAGCUCCAGGGAACACCAACAGUUCAAGAAAGACCAGCACCUGCUGUCUUCAGUAAACAGCUGGUACCUGGUGCUGAACCAGACGAGACGAGAGAGCCGUGACCAUGCCACCAUCAGCGACAUCUACACCAACAAUGUCAUCGUCCGCUUGGCCCAGAUCAGCGAAGACAUCAUCCGCCUGUUCAAGAAGAGCAAGGACAUUGGGAUCCAGAUGCACGAGGAGCUGGUGAAGGUGACGAAUGAACUCUACACUGUGAUGAAAACAUACCACAUGUACCACACUGAGAGCAUCAGUGCAGAGAGCAAGUUGAAGGAUGCUGAGAAGCAGGAGGAGAAGCAGUUCAGCAAGUCCGGAGAUCUCAACGUCAACCUCCUGCGCCACGAGGACCGCCAACCAAGACGCAGCUUCGUCAGGAAAAUUGAGAAGAUGAAAGAGAAGAGGCAAGCCAAGUACUCAGAGAAUAAGCUGAAAUGCACAAAAGCCCGGAAUGACUAUUUGUUGAACCUGGCAGCAACAAAUGCAGUUGUGGCAAAGUAUUACAUCCAUGACGUCUCUGAUAUGAUUGAUUGCUGUGACCUGGGCUACCAUGCUAGCUUGGCACGCACCCUCAGGACCUACUUAUCUGCCGAGUAUAACUUGGAGACAUCCCGCCACGAGGGACUGGAUAUCAUAGAGAAUGCGGUGGACAACCUGGAUUCCCGCAGUGACAAGCACAAGAUAAUGGAUAUGCAUAACCAGGUGUUCUGCCCUCCAAUGCGCUUUGAGUACCUGCCACACAUGGGAGAUGAGGUGUGCCAGGUGAGCGCCCAGCAGCCUGUCCAGACUGAACUCCUGAUGCGCUACCACCAACUGCAGUCCCGCUUAGCUACGCUAAAGAUUGAGAAUGAGGAGGUGAGAAAGACCUUGGAUGCCACCAUGCAAACGCUGCAGGACAUGCUGACAGUAGAGGACUUUGACAUGUCGGAUGCCUUUCACCACAGCCGCUCCACUGAAUCUAUUAAGUCCGUGGCCUCCGAGUUCUACAUGAGCAAGCUGAAUGUAGCCAAGAGGAGGUCGAACCAACAGGAGACUGAAAUGUUUUACUUUUCGAAAUUCAAGGAGUACCUGAAUGGCAGUAACCUCAUCAUUAAGCUGCAGGCCAAGCAUGACUUACUGAAGCAGACACUGGGCGAAGGGGAAAGGGCUGAAUGUGGAACUACAAGGCCCCCCACCCUUCCCCCCAAACCACAGAAAAUGCGGAAGCCUAGGCCACGCUCCGUGUAUAACCAUAAGCUGUUUAACGGCAAUAUGGAGACCUUCAUCAAGGAUUCAGGUCAGCCAAUCCCACUUGUUGUCGAGAGCUGUGUCAGACACAUCAAUCUGUACGGCUUGCAGCAGCAAGGCAUAUUUCGUGUGCCGGGCUCACAGGUCGAAGUCAAUGAUAUUAAGAACUCAUUUGAGAGAGGAGAAGAUCCCCUGAUUGAUGACCAGAAUGAGCAUGAUAUCAACUCAGUGGCAGGGGUGCUGAAGCUGUACUUCAGAGGACUGGAGAACCCCAUCUUCCCAAAGGAGCGCUUCCUGGACUUCAUCUCUACCAUCAAGCUGGAGUCUGGAGCUGAGAGAGCGCAUCACAUCCAGCAGAUUACUGUGACUCUUUCUCGCGCCAUCAUUAUCGUCAUGAGAUACCUUUUUGCUUUUCUCAAUCAUGUCUCCCAGUACAGUGACGAGAACAUGAUGGAUCCAUACAAUUUGGCUAUCUGCUUUGGCCCAACCCUGAUGCCCAUUCCAGAUGGACAGGAUCCUGUAUUGUGCCAGGCUCAUGUUAAUGAGGUCAUCAAGACCAUCAUCAUCCACAAUGAACUCAUCUUUCCCAAUCAACGUGAGCUGGACGGCCCAGUGUAUGAAAAGUGCAUGACUGGGGGGGAGGAGUACUGUGACAGCCCACACAGUGAACCAGGAACUAUUGACGAGGCUGACAAUGGAACUGAACCACACACCAGUGAUGAUGAGGUUGAACAGAUUGAGGCCAUUGCUAAGUUUGACUACGUGGGACGUACUCCCAGGGAGCUGUCCUUCAAAAAGGGAGCCUCUCUGCUUCUGUAUCACAGAGCAUCUGAAGACUGGUGGGAGGGACGUCACAAUGGCGUGGAUGGCCUCAUCCCACAUCAGUACAUUGUAGUACAAGACCUGGAUGAUGCUUUCUCAGAUAACCUCAGCCAGAAAGCAGAUAGUGAAGCGAGCAGUGGGCCAUUGCUGGAUGAUAAGGGUUCAUCCAAAAAUGAUGUCCCAUCACCAUGUGAACAAUCACCUGAUUACAACUUUGGAGGAGUCAUGGGGAGGGUAAGGCUACGGUCCGACGGAGCUGCAAUCCCUCGUCGUCGGAGUGGUAAAGACACACACAGCCCAACCAGAGUAGCUGACACUCCGCCGAGGGCUGCAGCCUGUCCCAGCAGCCCACACAAGGUGUCCAUCAGCAAGGGUCAUAUGGAGAGCCCAGAGAAGAGGCGCAUUGGCACCUUUGGCAGUGCAGGAAGCAUCAACUACCCAGACAGGAAGGCCUAUCCUGAGGGUCACCCUCUGAGACCGGUGCCGGGGGCCACUCGUCACAGCAGCCUCGGGGACCACAAAUCACUGGAGACCGAAGCUCUAGCUGAUGACAUAGAGAAGACGAUGACUACAGCGCUCCAUGAGCUCCGUGAGCUGGAGCGACAGAACACUGUGAAGCAGGCUCCCGACGUGGUCUUGGACACUCUGGAGCCCAUGAAGAACCCAGUUAGCUCUGAGCCUGGCAGUCCUCUGCAUACCAUUAUGAUCCGUGACCCGGAUGCAGCCAUGCGCCGCAGCAGCAGCUCUACCUCUGAGAUGAUGACCACCUUCAAACCCGCUCUCUCUGCCCGGCUGGCUGGGGCUCAGCUACGCCCCCCACCCAUGAGGCCAGUGCGCCCUCCUCCUACUCAGCAUCGCUCGAGCAGCUCCAGCUCUUCAGGGGUCGGCAGCCCUGCUGUAACUCCCACUGAGAAGAUGUUUCCAAGUAACAGUACAGCUGCUGCUUCUAACAUGACUACGUCCAGUGAUGCUGGAGAUAAGUCUGGUACCAUGUAGCAGUGGUGGGAAGGUUGUAAAGUGAGGGGAAAGCUAAUGGAAAUUAGUGCUGAUAUGUGAGAAGCAGAUAUGGAUAUUUUCCUCUCUGUUUUCUGCCUGACUUAAUUCAUAUAUUCAGGAAGCUCUUGAAGCGAGCCUACAACAUUUACCAUGGUGAUAAAACGGUGGAAGAAGCUGUAGAGGUGUGAUAGCGUAGAACUCCACUCUCUUUGAAACUUGAUUUAAUAAAAAAAUAUGUGUAUAACAAUACAUAUAUUUCAGAUUUACCUCAGUUUCAACAACAACAAAAAAAUAUCUGUAACCAUGUUCUCGUUCCAGAGAUACAAUGAAUGCAAGUAAAGCAAUACUUGUGUGACAUGUAGUAUUAGUUUCCACACAGCACACGUUGUCCAGCUGAUGUUUCAGUCACUCCUGCUGAUGUGGAUGAAACGCCUCGUCUGGACGGGUGACAUUCAGGCUUAAAUACCAUGUCUGGUUACCAUUUAGGUCGCAGGCCUUAAGGCUGUACAUACAAACUUACUUGAAGUCGCCAUGCUUUCUGUUUGUACUAUAAUACAGUGUAUGUUGAGCAAAGUAACAACUUAGUGACAUUAUAUACUUCUGCAUGCCGGGUUCGGAUAAAAUAAGGACAACAAUAAAGACUUGCAUUAUUGAGAGAUGAUGAUGUGGGCUUUUCUCAUAUGGUCAUUGGAAGCGUAAGAUAUUAGUCGGAAACCCUAAUUUUCUUGAAUCAAGUUUCAGAUGUCCAAAUAUUUGACAAAGGAAUAUGUGGGGAUCUUACAGUAUUUUAUUUUAAAUCUGCUAUCUGUGUGGUACUUUAGAUAUUGCACUUGCAGUCGUCCUGUUCACAGCUAAAGAUAAAAACAUCCUGGCAUGAAGAUGAUCUCUGGAGUCUGAGACAUACGAACCAGAACUUAGCAAAGCAAGUUGUCCCCCACCACCAUGUACGGUUGGACUGUGGGCAGACUUAACUAAUGCAUCAACUAAUGUACUGUAGGAAUCCUGUGGUAACCUUGUACAUAUUAUAUAGCUCGUCAUUUUUGAAGUGUUAAUCUUGUACAGGCUGAUACAAAAAAAAGGCAAAGGGUUGUCUGUGAAUGGCACUUCGAGUAAAGAUCAUUAACCACCUUCUUAUCAUAUUCAGUAAACUACAAACAUUCUUUUUAACUGUGUGAAAAAGGUAAAAAAGUUUACCUUGUGCUCUGAGCUUAGAAUGCAUUUGGUAAUUGUACUGUAGAAAACCUGAUUGCUGUUGAACGAACAAAGCCUGAAUAUAUGUUUUUGACACACUCGCCUAUUUCCACCCUUCCCACCCAUUUUCUUAUCCUUGUUGAUAAAUACAGUUAUGCUCUGGCUGCAGACUUAUUUCUUUUGCUGGAAGAAAACUAAAUAGAUUUAUAUGUACUGUACCUCUUGUCAUUCUGACAGCUCUAGUCCAGAGACCUUGUUAUCCGCAUCCCAAAAAGCCUGCUCUGUUCUGCAUGCUUUGCGCUGUAAUGUCUGACUCAUAUUCUGCGGCAGUUAAACAAUGGCUGUAUGUGGUGCCUUGCCUUGGUAAAACGCACAAAUUAAUUCAAUAUUGGAUUUUAACAUUUAUGGGGAUUGGGAAUGAUGAAAAGCUGCUAGUAGCAGUUGCUAUAAUAAAAGUGAAAGAGAGUAAUGCUUGAUUGAGUGAAAUCAACUUAAAUAUUAGCAUGUAAACCAGAUUCCACUGUCAACUGCAGUCAGUCCGUACAUUCUGCAGUGUAACUGAGAUACAUGUGAGCUGACUAUAUUUGCUUGUUGUCAACGGAUUGAUUCACACACAGAGCUCCUACAGCCAGAAAAAGGCAAUACAUUAUUUAAAGUCAAACAGUGCACUCACAUCCUCUGCUGGUUCCUGCUGGUAUUGCUUCUUCUUGUGACAAACCAGUGGAUACCGUCACCUUUAAGAGGGCGUUAUGAUCUGGAGAUAAUAUUACAAUCACUAAGCUUAUCCAUAUAGUUCUAUUUGUCUGUCCUGGUUACAGCUUUGCACCGGUGGAAAUCGAUGAAGAUAAUGUUGCAAAAAAAGCAUACGUUUAUUAAAAUACGAAGAAAGCACACAAGUUCAAAAGGUGAAAUUAUCAUCAUAAUAUUUAACAAUAAUAUUUUUGUUUUUUUAUUUAUAGACACUGUGUAAGUGGAGCAGAAGAUUUGAGUGCCUUUUGUGCACAACAUCAAUUUUUAUUGGACUUUUAUAGUUACUUUUUUUACUGUAAUAUGUUGUCUAUUAGUUGUUUAUUAUAAACUGAUGUUGCUUUUUAGCUUUACUUUCUACUGCUACUCAGUCAUCAAACCACCACAGGGAAUUCAUUGUGUAAAGACAUUCCUCUCAUGAAUUACAGAAGAAUCAUCAUGAAAGGCUUGUCUGUGUUUGGGCUGGUCUCUGAAGACUACUGUAUACCCGAUCUGCUGGUGAGGUUCAGUGGAAUCAUCUCACAAUAUUUCUCAGAUUUCUUUUGUUUUGCGUGUGAACUGCCUGUGCUGUGGUUGAGCCGUAACUUGUCAUUUAGCUCCUUCCCUUCAUUGCAGUAUUGUUGGAAACAGAGAGACUGAUAUGGACCGUCCUCUUGCAAAGGUUAUAAGGCACACAGUGCGCUCUCCUUCUCCCUAAAUGUGAUAACAGACAUUUUCUUUCCUGGAAUAUAUGUUGAAAUUUGUAACACUGUUAGUCUGCUGACAUGAGAAGACAAAAAGUUAAUAUUCAAAAAGGACACCACAGUAAGAGAGCAGACUGCCAUGUUGUGGGGACCGGAGUGUGACUUGCUGUCACACUGUUUACCUUCUCUUUAAUUGUUUGUCUAGUGAUGCUGUUUGUUGAUGAGUGUCUGGUUGGUUGAAACCCUGUGAUGUAAUGUACACCAUACCACUGACUGGAUGUAGAAAACCCCUGCAAUCAAAUAAAACCAUUAUUGCUCUGUGA